GCCAAACGUUGACAUGACGACGUGGAGUGGGGCGAUUGGCCAGCCGACCGGUGCUGAUAGGAACGGUGCACACCUGCAUAACGGCGCCGUCAAAAUUCCCGUUUGCAGAUUCCCUCCAUUAGCGUUAACGGAGCCUGGACCACGCAUCAUCGUUAAGUUAAAUCCUGACCGUUCAUCAGCCACCGUCACCAUCACCCCCCCUCCCUCAUAUUAACUUUUUUCCUCCCGAAAAGAACUUACGGAACCCAGCCUGAAGAACUGCACAGGGGAGAGAGAGAGAGAGAGAGAGAGAGCAGAAGCCAACAAAAUUCUAGAAAGAGAAAGAGAAAGAGAGAGAGAGAUGGUGAGGAAGUGUGGAGGACGAACUACGGAGGUCGCCGUGAUAGACGUGGCGGCGGUAGGGGUGAGGACGCGAGCUCAAGCCAUGGCCCCGGCUUCCUCCGCUGCAGCUACAGCCUCGGCCAAAGCAGCGAAGAGGAGGAGGACUAUUGGAGAUGGUAACAGCGAGUCGUUCAAGCUGUCGAGCAACAAUUCGACGUGCACUCAGCUCAGGAGCAGCUCCGGACGGCGGAAUUCUGCCUUGCCGCCGCCGCCGCAGGCGCCGGUUGCACUGACCGAGGACUUCCGCUGCCUGAGCACCAGCUCCGAUGAUCAGGCCUCGUGCUGCUCGAGCUACGGAUCCAGCGAGCUGGAGAAGGACAAACUCAGGUUCACAGAUCUGGAGGAGGAGCACAGCGAAGCCGAUUCCUCGACGUCGUCGCGAUUUAGCAGAGAAAGAAGAGAGAAGACGCCGUCGAGCGUGGUUGGAGGAGGAGAAGAAACGGACAGCAUGAACUCGUCACUGGACAAAUUAGCAGCGGAGCCGAACCAUCCACAAAGAUCAAAGGAGGAGUUUCAGUCCUCAGUUGUUGACGCCGAGAUCGAAGGACUGUUUGGGAAAAUCGGAAAGCCGGAGAUCAUCAAGAUGCCGACGCACUCCGAGAUCGAAGAAUUCUUCGCCGCUGCAGAGGCUGAAAAUCGCCGGGAGCUCGAGCGUUACAAAAACAAGUACAACUUCGAUUUCGUCAAGGAGGAGCCGUUGAAAGGUCGGUUCGAGUGGCAUCAGAUAUCGCCAGCAGAAAAAGUUACCGAGUAGCUUAAAACUACAACCAACAAGGGAUUCGGAUAAUUCAGGCAAACCGCAUCGGAAUUCUUAUUGCCCUAGCAUUGUUAAUGAAUCAAUCAGCAUUAUCAUGAUAACUACUAUUAUUAAUUAUUUAGAGUAUAGCUCAGAAAUUCGAAUCGGUUCGAGCGAAUUCCGCUUCUACUAUAGUACUCUUAUUCUAGUUUGUACAGUUAUGUGUAAGCCAGUUUCUGUACCGGGGAGGGGGGCUAAUACGAAGAAGAAGAAAUCUACGAGGAGCACGCGGGGAGGGGAAAUGGAAAAGGUGAGAAAUAAAGGCCCUUUGUAGCAAGGAACCAGUGGAUAUUGAUGAGUGACAGAAAUCUUUUCUUCUCUCAUAUAUAUUCUCAUUUUCGUGCUUACGGAGCUCCCAAAAUUCCCGUCUCUUUCUCUGCAAAUCUGCAAAACAACUUCUUCCCCUGAUAUCUCUCCUAGUACUUUCAGGCUCGCUCUUUUUCUGCAUUUAUGAUUUCCCCCAUUUUUCGGCCCUUUUUGUUUUUGAAAUAUUAUUAAUUAUUAUUACUGCCC